UCUCUGUGUAUUUGAGCAAGAGUUAUGGGAUUGUUUGACAAACUGGCAGGAUGGCUUGGGCUGAAGAAAAAGGAGGUUCAUGUUUUGUGCCUUGGUUUGGACAACAGUGGCAAAACAACGAUCAUAAAUAAACUUAAACCUUCAAAUGCUCAAACUCAGGACAUAGUUCCAACAAUAGGAUUCAAUAUAGAGAAAUUCAAGACAUCCAGUUUGUCUUUCACAGUUUUUGAUAUGUCAGGCCAAGGCAGAUACAGAAACCUCUGGGAACAUUACUACAAAGAAGGCCAAGCCAUUAUUUUUGUCAUUGAUAGCAGUGACAAAUUAAGAAUGGUUGUGGCCAAAGAAGAACUUGACACCCUUCUGAAUCAUCCAGAUAUUAAGCACCGUCGACUGCCUAUUCUGUUCUUUGCUAACAAGAUGGACCUCAGGGAUGCAAUAUCGUCUGUGAAAGUAUCUCAGUUAUUGUCAUUAGAAAACAUCAAAGACAAACCCUGGCAUAUCUGUGCCAGUGAUGCCCUCAAAGGGGAAGGAUUACAAGAGGGCGUGGAUUGGCUCCAAGAUCAAAUCACACAAUCAGAUCCAAGCAAUGAAGACAUGAGAGGUCAAUAAAAGGUGUAUGCCGUUGUCUUAUAAACUUUGUCAGUAGAUGUACAGGCCUCUUGGAAAGGAAGAAAGAUUUAAAGAAAACAAGCAAUUCAGCUAAAUAUUCUGUAUUCUUUUGUUUCCUUUUAGUAUCUCUUAAGGAAAACUGAACUUUUUAGAAAACAUAGCAGCUCAGGUAUGCACAUCCAUGAAUUAAAUUGAAUCUUGUGACUGGAGAGCAUAUUUUAAAAAAACAAACAAAAAUACCCUCUCACUUUGUGUUAACAGUAAGCAUCUGCAAUCAUUCGAGUUUUAGGUGAUGAUUAUGUCCUCUAGAUAUCCAGAAAUGUUCCUUUGUUUUUUUGAUACACACUUUGAGAAAACAGGAAUAUUAAUUUUCCAGAGGAUGAACAAUAGCACUUCCAGAAAUAAGCCUGCAUGAGGUGCCUAAAAAUGGGGACUUAUAAUCAGCAGGUAUUUCUGGAAUUUUUUACCGUAUACUUCGAUGCUGGGUUUUUCAGUAACAGUCUAAUAUAGGGCACUAGAAGAAUAUUUUGAUUGAAGAUAUAAUGAUUCAAAUAUGAAAUGUAGUUGUUAUAAAUGAUUGCAGAUGUUUUUAAGGACCUGCUUAUAAUGAAAUGUUUUGAAUUGUGUUUGUGAUCUGCCACGGUUAUAUUUGCAUUCCUAUCAAUAAAACCUUAAGUUUAAAAAAAAAAAAAAAGUCAGGUUGUAUCUUUAAAUAUGCUUGGUGAAGGUCUUGAUAUCGUAGAGAUUUUUGCGUUUCAGUUAGUUUCACUUGGAAUUUAUUUGGCCAUCUUCCAGUGGAAAAAGCAUUGUAUACUGUAAUAAAACCAAAUCUCUUGUCUCAA